UCAUGCUUCCUGUCAGCCAAUCACAACCCCGCACUGUGAUGACACCGUGGGAUUCCGCGAAAUUGUUUCUCGGAGUUGAGAGAAUUGCAUCCCACAGUAAAAUAGGACAACUUGACGCAUGUGUGGGGGCGCACUGAAGGACGGAACAAGCGCAGGCUCCGUAACGCAGUCGAUUAAACGGUUUAUUUUAUGCCGUUUUAAACACGGCAUUUUGGAAUAAUGGGAUCUGGAUGAAGCCGCAUUGAUAUCCAAACUAAUAUCUUUGUUGUAGGACAGUUUAAGUUUUCCGCCCUGCAACCUCAACAGAAAAAAAACGCAGCCUUGCGGAUUAGUCACAUUGAAGACGACACGUGUGGAUGCUUAACCACAUGUACCCUGGAUGACUGCGGUCUGAUUAACUAACAGUAUCGACAAUGUCCGAGUGUUUUGAAUAGGCUGCACAGCUCCUGCAUAUAGAUUGUGUUUUCUUUUCUUUUUUCCUCCACCCGGACCCUGCUGUCGUGAUGUCAGAGGUGGAUGUCUCUGCAGCCCGUGACCUCGGCCGAGCACCACCGGGGCGCACAGAGGACACGUUGAAAGAGAACCAGGAGAGCAGGACUUUAAUGAUGGUGGCGAUGAUUUUAUUGGACUUGAACAAGUGCAACCCCAACGCCGCGAGCCCCGGGGAGAGCAUGUGCCUCGGGGGCAGCGACGCGGGGGCGCUGGACCAGGUGGAGCGGGCGGGGUGCCGGUCCAACGCCGGGGACGGCCGCGGCUCGGCGGCGCCCAGGCGGUCCCGCAGCAAGAAGGCGGUGCCGAGAGGGGAGUUUCCCGAGAAGAGACACUGCUGUCCUUUCGCAGGCUGUGGGAAGAUGUACGGCAAGUCGUCCCACCUCAAAGCCCACCUAAGGGUCCACACCGGUGAGCGCCCCUUCGAGUGUACCUGGGCAGCCUGUGGCAAGAAGUUCUCCAGGUCGGACGAGCUCACGCGUCACUACCGCACACACACCGGCGAGAAGCGCUUCAAUUGUCCAAUGUGUGAAAAGUGCUUCAUCAGGAGUGACCACCUGACCAAACAUGCCCGGCGACACGCCGGCUUCCAUCCCAGCAUGCUGCAGGGCUCCAGUGGGGCCAAACGAUGCCGCUGCUCUGCGUCCCUGUCCUCAUCUGACUCUGGAGACCAAAGCCCUGCCGGGGUGUGAGACUCAUCUACGCAUACUACUGUAGAUGCAGGCUAUGCAUAAACGUAGACACACCCCUGCUACUGAGGUGUCUGCACCUUCAAAUCAACUCAACCAGCCAGACAACUAUUUAAAAGAAAAAUGUUUUUAACGCAUGUAACAAUGUGCAACAGCACACAGAAAUAUAUAUUUGAACCUGACUGAUCAAGAUAGAAGUGUCUUAUUCCCUGACAUGAUCUGUAUUUAUUAUGGGUUUUCUUUGUCUGACACACAGGCUCUAGUUGCCUCCCAAUUUGUGAUCAUUCUACCCAGUAUAGUGCGCUUUAUAUCCACUGGAAGAAUCUGAAAUCUAAGAGGCAUUUGUGGACAUAUAUACUUUUCAUGAACAUCUUUAUGAGUUCACUUUUCAUCACUGACUUAAUUUGCCGGUGAAGACGACAACAAGAAAGAAAAAGACAUUAUUCCGAAAUUGCUUAAUAAAUACCAUUUGAUAUGUAUAUACUACAAAAAGUUACUUACCACUCCAGGACAAAGCAAAUGUACAGUUUGGCAGUGUUAUCAUGUAAAUAGAUAAAACAGAUUAAUUUUCAGGUGGAUGAUGUACUGUAGUUAUAGUCAGAGUUAUAAGACACAUUUAUAUUAUAGAGAAUAACAGCUUGGGUAUUUAACUUUGUACAUUUGGCUAUGGACUCAGAUUACACGAUGUAGCUAUAGUUUAUGCAGUUGUUUUCGGUUUUGACAUCGUGUCCCAUUAUAAUAUAGAUUAAAUAAUUGACCAAGAGCAAACCUCAUGUCAAUUAUGUCUAUAGUGCAGUGGUAAACAAAAUAGGGUAAAACCUUCAAAAGAUAACCCUUUACUUGCAUUGGAAAACUAAUGUUCAGAACAUGGCAACUCAUGUUAGGUAAAGUUUGUGAACUGUUAACGAGGAGGUCUGUGCCUUUUUGAGGAUUUUGCAAUAGAGAGGAAUUUCUACAUUUUCAACCUUUGGAAAUACUACCGGAAGGAACAUGGACAGAUUUGUUAUGUUGAUAUUCAAUAAUACUUUGAAUAUCAAUGCCUGUCUUUUAUGCCAACAGUGCCAGUUGCUGUUUAUUGAAUCUUAUCUUUAUUUACUCUGUAUCUGGAGUGCAUUUAUCAGGGAAUAUUGUGAUGCAUGGUCAUUUUGGUCACGUUAGAUGGUAUUACACCACCUAGUGGUGAUUUGGAAGCACAACAAUUCUCACAACAAAUAGAAAAAAACAACUAUAUCAUUUUUUACAUUUAAUUUUUAUGUCCUAGUAUUUUAAGGCAGGCUCUAUUGAUUAGUUUGAUGGUGGCUCAAUAAUUCCAUGUAGCAUGUUUGAAUGUAUUUGUUUGGUAAAAAGUAUUUUUUAUUUGUUUGUCAAUCUUUUAGGAUAUUGCUAAAAGCGUGAAAGGUCUUCUUCAUCCACUAUAAGAGCUACAAAUAUAUUUUAUUGUCUUUUUUUAUACU